AUGACCUCAGGGGCGCUGCUGCUGCUGCUGCUGGGGGCGAUGGGGGCACCGCUCGCCCCGGGCGCCCAUGGCUCGGAGGCGGAGGGCCGGCUCCUCGAGAAGCUUUUCUCGGGCUACGAUAGCUCGGUGCGGCCGGCGCGGGAGGUGGGAGACCGUGUCGGGGUCACCAUUGGCCUCAGCCUGGCGCAGCUCAUCAGCCUGAACGAGAAGGAUGAAGAGAUGAGCACAAAGGUGUACUUAGACCUGGGGUGGACUGACUACAGGCUGAGCUGGGACCCCGCAGAGCACGAGGGCAUCGAUUCACUGCGCAUCGCGGCUGCAUCCGUGUGGCUACCGGACGUGGUGCUCCUAAACAACAACGACGGAAAUUUUGGCGUUGCUCUGGACUUGAACGUGGUUGUGUCCUCCGACGGCUCCGUGCGCUGGCAGCCUCCAGGCCUCUACCGCAGCAGCUGCAGCAUCGAGGUCACCUACUUCCCCUUCGACUGGCAGAACUGCACCAUGGUGUUCAGUUCUUACAGCUAUGACAGCUCAGAGGUCAGCCUGCAGACCGCGUUGGGUCCUGACGAGCAGAAACGGCAGGAAGUGUACAUUCAUGAAGGGACCUUCAUUGAGAAUGGCCAGUGGGAAAUUAUCCACAAGCCUUCUCGGCUAAUCCAGCCUCCGGCGGAUCUGAGGGGAGGCGGGGAAGGACAGUGGGAAGAAGUCACCUUCUACCUCAUCAUUCGUCGGAAGCCUCUCUUCUACCUGGUCAAUGUCAUUGCCCCGUGCAUCCUCAUCACUCUCCUGGCCAUCUUCGUCUUCUACCUGCCUCCAGAUGCAGGAGAGAAGAUGGGGCUCUCGAUCUUUGCCCUGCUGACCCUGACUGUGUUCCUGCUGCUGCUGGCAGACAAAGUUCCUGAGACCUCCCUGUCUGUCCCCAUCAUUAUCAAGUACCUCAUGUUCACCAUGGUGCUCGUCACUUUCUCAGUCAUCCUUAGCGUCGUAGUCCUCAACCUGCACCAUCGCUCACCCCACACCCACCAAAUGCCCAUUUGGGUCCGUCAGAUCUUCAUCCACAAACUCCCUCCAUACCUGGGUCUGAAGAGGCCCAAACCUGAGAGAGACCUGAUGCCGGAGCCACCUCCUGUAGCCCUCAGGGACUCUCCAGCAAGUGGCUGGGGUCGAGGAACAGAUGAAUAUUUCAUCCGGAAGCCACCGAACGAUUUUCUCUUCCCCAAACCCAACAGGUUCCAGCCUGAACUGUCUGCCCCGGACCUGCGGCGAUUUAUCGAUGGCCCAAACCGGGCUGUGGGCCUGCCUCCCGAGCUGCGGGAGGUCGUUUCCUCGAUCAGCUACAUCGCUCGACAGCUGCAGGAACAGGAGGACCACGACGCGCUGAAGGAAGACUGGCAAUUUGUGGCCAUGGUAGUGGAUCGCCUUUUCCUCUGGACCUUCAUCAUCUUCACGAGCGUUGGGACCCUCGUCAUCUUCCUGGAUGCCUCGUACCACUUGCCCCCUGCCGACCCCUUUCCUUGAGGACAGAGGGCCAAGACCCAGGUCCUCUGCGGGCUGCAUUGAGAGUCCGGCGGUACUCUCGAGUCCUGUCCCUUUCUGCCUCUCGACUCCACUAGGAAUCCGGCCCUUCCAGGUCAUUGCCUUUAUGGGGAGCGAGCCGAAGUGGGACGGGGCCGACCGAAGCCUUGGGCCCCGCUAGACAUGCACUAUCAGUUUAUUUAGUCUUUGGUUUCUUGUAGAAGUUCCUUCGGAUAGCAACACUAGCUUCCCAGUAUAAUGGAACAAAGAACAAGAACUAGACUGUAAGCCUUUUGAGGGCAGGAACUGUGCCUUGUUCACUGUAAUAGCCCCAGCUCCUAGCACAGGUCCUGACCUAUAGGAUUGUAGGUGCUUAACGUCUGUUGAGUGAAUAGGGUUUUUUUUGUUUGUUUGUUUGUUAGUGUUGUUGUUUUUUCCUGGAAGGAAAUGCACCAAAUAAUAGUGCUUAUGUUUGCAUGUUGAGACUAGUGAUCUUUGUUUUCACCUUUCUGUAAUUUAUUUUUUUUGUAAUAAGUAUUAUCUUUAGGUUAAAAAAAAGGUUAUGUCUAAAAGGAUGCAUUUGUAAUAAGGGGAGGGGGGAAGAGCCCUUUAAAAUCCUUCCUUCAGGUUUCAGCUUUGGUGCUCAAACUUUGGAUAAGCUAAGCUAUUGAACUGCUCUGGGCCUACGUUUCCACAUCCGUGAAAUGAGGCGAAUGACAGGACCUACUCCCUUAGUCUGAGGGUCGUGUGACAAGAUGGGAGCAAACGCACGAUACAGCAGACAUCAGAGGUUGCCAACUGGUGUGUUUUGUUUGACCUGUGUUGUUGACCUCACAGGUUUCAGUGUGAGUUCGCUACUUUAAAAGUUUGGAUAGUGCACAGAGAAAUUUGGAUUUCCGGCUUCCCUUGGGGGAGGGAAAUUAAAAGUAUGGUAACACCAGGCCUGACUCCCCUGUUGGCAGCAACCUGAGGGUUAGUGGCUGCCUGGUCUGGUCAAGGUUAUUUGUACCAGAAUUCUUCAAAGCCCCCACCCACCUGACCCACGACUUCCCUCAUUUUACUUGCCUGUCCCAUUAGACAAAGUAAAGGGGAGGGGAGGGGGGGGGGAUGAGGAGUUGAAGGUAGUGGGGGGCUAGGAGUGGAAAAAGAAAGCUGGCCGUAUCCCAUGACUGUCACUUGUUUUGUGCGUCGGUUUCCUUUCAAUUUGGAGACAGGGUUGCUCCUGGUUUAAGGCGCAUGGGCCACUAGCAUCUUGUGCCCAGCAGGCUGUGUGAACUGGACUGAGUUCAUGUUUCUGCCUGGAGGUCAGACCAAAGUCAGCUUGAGCCUGGUGGCUGCGGCCAUUAUGGUGAAGCACGUAGGGUCACCAGGCCCUCACGCCUCCUCGGUUGCUGGAAGCUGUGGCCCCAAGAGGGAUAAUACAGCUGCAGCUCCCAGGAUCCCUGUGGGACAGGGCAAGCGUGUCCCUGUCCGGCCGACCCACCAGCCACGAAAACAAGUGCGCUUGGCGUACUACUGAGGAGGACAGUUUGUUUGUCUUGUUGGUUUAUUGGCCUAGAGAGUUGGACACACACACAGAUGCGGAGAUAAAUAUUGGUCAGUUUCUCUAAAUCUGGGUCCUCACUACAUAUAGAGCUAUAGUCUGUAGAAUUCUAAACCUUGCGUGCUGUGGCACAGAACCAGUGGCCUUCCCAUUCCUCCGUCACCCCUCUUCCCAGGGAGCAUGGGGAAAGAGGGCACAAACUGACAAGACCCGAAUGACUUUCAAAAGACGAGAUUGCAAAAUCCCAAAUUUCCAACCUCUGAAAUUCACAAUAUUCAGGUUCCCCAGCUCAGAUACAUAUUUUUAAUCUCCGAUUUUGCCACAAUCUCAUUGAUUGCCCAGAACGACCACAUUCUGGAAACUAUUUUCCUAAAUCGUCAUUAAAAAAAAAAAAAAAAAAAAAAAAAA